UAUUCACAUGGAUCAUUUAUGAAAUAAUUUUAAAAUGCUACAUAAUCUUUUGUUGGUUGUUGCAGGAAUUAAAAACUUGGCAUCGACCUCAGAUGCAGUCUUUGAUAACUGCAGGAGUGGAUCUCAUUGCAAUGGAAACAAUUCCCAGUCAGAAAGAAGGAGAAGCUCUGGUGGAACUUCUUAAGGAAUUUCCUAAUGCUAAAGCUUGGCUGUCAUUUUCUGUCAAGGAUGGGAAAUGUAUUUCCCAUGGAGAGAACUUCGAAGAUGCAGUGAAGUUUGCAAUUAAAUCUGAUCAGUUGGUGUCUGUCGGAUUAAACUGCUGCUCUCCUGAUAUAAUUAGUCCACUCCUUAUUAGUGCCAAUAAAGCCAGGGGACCAGAAAUAGGAUGGAUUGUAUAUCCCAACAGUGGCGAAACAUGGGAUUCUAAUACGCGCUGGUGGAGAAAAUCAGUCAAUAACCAACUUGCAAAGUUUGCAUUGGAAUGGAAAGAACUUGGUGCUAAAUGGAUUGGUGGCUGUUGCAGAACUACUCCAGCUGAUAUCGCAGAGCUACGACGUACCCUAACACUGAAUUUGUCACAUGAUUGAGCUUCGAAUAUUGGCAAGAACAAUAUGAAUGCUAUGGAAUUCUAUUGCUAUCACCUUACAGUUAUUGCAGUUUUCUGAGUUAUUUAUCGAGCUAAUGGUAUUUGUAGUAAGUAUUCAAUAGAUUGGUUUCUUGAGUUUACAAAAUUCUUAUGGCCUACUGUUCAACUUUAAUCUAACCUUCAAAUGAAUGAAGGCAUACUUUGAUCUUCCAAAAGUCUUCAUUUGGAAUGUCUCAAAAGAUGACUUUCCAGACUUUGUAAAUAGCGUUUGAUCAGCAGAUAGGCUUCUUCAGUAUGGCAAUAAUAUUACUGAAAAAGCUAGCUUCACACUCAUUUUCUUAACAUAUUUCAGCAUCAGUAGUUCCAUGGAACAAUUCAAUUAGUAUUUCAUGAUAAAUUGAAUUGUUGCAGGAAGACUUAUCAUGAUUUUAGAAUGAGUGAGGUGUCAAUUUUAAGUAAUAGAAACCUGUUUAAAAACUAGCAACUUCAUGUAACUUCCUGACCUGUCACCUCCACCUUGACUGGUUUGUGGUAUUAUUGCUUUCCUAUUAAUCCAGAGACCCACGUAAUGUUCUGGGGAUCCAGGUUUAAUUCUGGCAUUGGCAAAUGGUGGAAUUUGAAUUCAAUAACAAUUUGGAAUUAAGACUAAUGAUGACCAGGAAAACCAUGGUUGAUUGAGGAAUAUGGUGGCCUAAUGGUAAUGGUACUGAACUACUAAUCAAGGGGCUAAUGAUCUGUGGACACAGGUUCAAAUCUCACCUGGCCAACUGGUAGAAUUUAAUAGAAAAUAGAUAGAAAUUAAAUUAAUAAAAACUUUUGGGCGGCAUGGUGGCUCAGUGGUUAGCACUGCUGCCUCACAGCGCUAGGGACCUAGGUUUGAUUCCACUCUUGAGCGACUGUCUGUGUGGAAUUUGUACGUUCUCCCUGUGUCUGCGUGGUUUUCCUCCCACAGUCCAAAGAUGUGCAAGUUAGGUGGGUUGGCCGUGCUAAAUUACUCAUAGUGGCCAGGGACGUGUAGGUUAGAUGUGUUAGCUGUGGGAAAUACUGGGUGGGGGUCGGUUUGGAUUUGUUGGGCUGGAUAGCCUGUUUGCACACUGUAGGGACUCGGUCAAAAAAAAACCCAUCUGGCUCACUAAUGUCUUUUAGGGAAGAAAACUGCAUCCUUACCUGGUCUGGACUACAUAUGACGCAUGACCCACAGCAACGUGGUUGACUCUCAAAUCCAUUAAUGAUAGCCAACAAAUAUUGGCCAAGCCAGCACUACCCACAUCCUGUGAAUGAAUUUUAAAAUCUGGUGCCAUCAUCACUUUUAAGAAUUUUCAGGGCCAGCGUCAGUUGCUGUUCCACUCAUAGCACAACGUCUCAGCUCAGAUCGUUCAAAGAAUUGAUACAUGGGGGAAGAUGUUAUCGUGGAUUUGAUUUGAGGAGGCAUAUUUAAUGUCAUAUUUCCACAAUAUCGCUAUUGGAAUUUUACCAUUGUAGCAGUUAAUGAUGUCUCACAUUACUCCCAGUGUUGCAGCUUCAGUCAUCCCUUCUAGCAGACUGUUCCGAUGAAAAUAAGUAUUUCUCCCUUUUUUUUUGUCAUAAAUUCACCCUUCACAGUACCAAGCUUAUUUGUCUUCCUGCCUUGGCAUUUCUGGAAGUAGUGUAUAAGAUUGGUUCAGCUGUUCCAUUAAAGUAUUUGAUAUCACAAAAAUUGCUGGAAAAAUUCAGCAGGUCUGGCAGCAUCAGUGAAAAGAAGUCAGAGUUAACAUUUCAAGUCUGGUGACUCUUCAUAAGAACUGGCUAGGAAAAUGUUGAUGAAAAUGCAGAAAAUAGGGUGGGGGAAGGGGGUAAGGAGUAAACAAUAGUUGGGGAUAGAGCCCAAAAAGAGAGAGAAGAACAGGGACAGACAAAGGAAUGGAUAACAAUCUAGCUAGGAGGGUGACUAGCAGUUAAUGGAGACUGUUAUUGGCUAACAAUGGGUUGUGUGUAAAGCAGACUGAGAUAACUGUGUGUGAGGGUGGUGGCUGGGACAUAGAAGAGUUCAAGCCCUUAAGUUAUUGAAUUUGUUAUUGAGCUCAGAAGGCUGCAGGGUCCCCAAGUGGAAAAUCAUGUGUUGUUCUUCCAGUUUAUGCUGAGCUUCACUGGAGCACUGCAGCAAGCCUGAAACAGAGGUUUUGACCAGGGAACAGGGUGUUGUGUUGAAGUGGCAGGCAUAUGGAAGCUCAAGGUCUUUUUUGCGAGCAGAAUGUAGGUGUUCUACAAAGCAGUCAUUUUGUCGAUGCUUUGUUUCCCCAGUGUAGGGGAGACCACAUUGUGAGCAGCGAAUGCAGUACACUAGAUUGUGGGAAGUGCAGGUAAAGCACUGCUUCACCUGGAAGAUCUGUUUAGCCCCUUGGAUACUGCAGAGGGAGGAGGUAAAUGGGCAAGUGUUACAUCUUCAGUGAUUGCAGGGGAAGGUACCUUGGGGCAUGUUGGGAGUGAAGGAAGAGUGGACCAGGGAUCUAAUAUUUUAUGUAAUCCUAAUUUGAUAACUAAUUCCUCAUAGGUCUUCAUUCUGACAGUUACUUUGUCCAAAUGAUUUUCUUUCUUUCCAAAAGAACUGACAUUUUGAGAUAGGGUCGGGCCUCCCAACUCUUUUGGGUUUUUGAUGGUUCUCUGUGUUGCAACGGGCAGAGCACUGUAAAAAUUUAAUGAAUCUUCUGGAGAUUUCAAUAAAACUGAUUUGACAAUAA